CCUUUUAUCUUCGGGGUUUGCCUUUUGCCCUUUACGUUUCGAUGCCCUAAUUCCUGACGAGCGACGCUACCCCGCGAUCGCUCGCUCGCCCCCGAGAUCACACCUUUGCAGUCGAUAUUACCUCUCCGUGGUGGCGAGCCCUCCAUUGCCGUCGCUUGCCAAGUGGUGCCUGUCUUUCUAGUGCGAUUACCUUGUGCCGCUAUUCGAUUGCAGAGAAGAUACAAUCUAGUAGGCCCACCAUUCCAUUCCUAGUAAUGGCAAGUUACUCAGGGAGAGGUGGACCAUCAAAUGGCUCUGUUUAUGUGUGUAAGUUGCCUCCUGGAACUGAUGAGACUAUGCUGGCCGAGUAUUUUGGCACCAUAGGGUUGCUAAAGAAGGAUAAAAGGACUGGUCGACCAAAAAUUUGGUUGUAUAGGGAUAAAACUACCAAUGAACCUAAGGGCGAUGCAACAGUUACAUAUGAGGACCCACAUGCAGCUCUCGCUGCUGUUGAAUGGUUCCACAACAAGGAUUUUCACGGAGUUCCCAUUGAAGUUUAUAUAGCAGAGUCAAAAACUAAAGACUCAAUUGAUAAUUCAACUCAGCAGGAUGGUUUUGAAGAAAAUCCAAUUAUGGAAGUUGGAGGGCAUGAUGAUCUGAAUGGUGCCGGAGGUAGAGGUAGAGGUCGUGCUGGUGCAUCAGGAAAAUCAUGGCAACAAGAUGGAGACUGGAUGUGUCCCAAUACAAGUUGUUCCAAUGUGAACUUUGCAUUCCGUGGUGUCUGUAACCGGUGUGGGACAGCUCGUCCUGCUGGUGUUGGUGGAACAGGUGCUGGUGGCGGUGGUCGAGGAAGGGGCCGAGGUAGUGGUGAUGCUGGAGGAGUUGCCCGUUCUGUUGGUGGUCCCACAGGGCUUUUUGGUCCAAAUGACUGGCCCUGUCCGAUGUGUGGCAACAUUAAUUGGGCAAAGCGCACAAAGUGCAAUAUAUGUAACACCAACAAGCCAGGUCACAAUGAGGGUGGUGUGAGAGGAGGCCGUGCUGGAGGUUACAAAGAACUUGACGAAGAAGAAAUAGAAGAAACAAGGCGACGGAGAAGAGAAGCUGAAGAGGAUGAUGGAGAGAUAUAUGAUGAAUUUGGAAACCUUAAAAAGAAAUUUCGUGCAAAAACACAACAAGCUGAAGCUCGGCAAAUGGUUCCUGGCUCUGGCCGUGCUGGAUGGGAGGUUGAGGAGAUAGGUGUCUCCGAGAGACACAGUGGAGAGAAAAGCAAAGACCGUUACAGAGAUUUCAAUGAACGGGAAAGCAGCAAGAACCGGGAAAGAGAUGGUUCUGAGAGGGAGAGGGAGAGACGCAGGAGCCGAAGCAGAGAAAGGGAGAGGGAGCGUGAGAAGGAACGAGGGAGAGUCUCGGAUCGAGAUUAUGGAUAUGAAAGAGGUCGGGAACGUGGUAGGGACCGCCACCGAGACUGGUAGUGCUUUUGCCAAGGCUAGGUUCGACUGCUGCGCAUGCCUUUAGUAUAUUGAAACUGUUUUGUGUCAUCUGUAGCUGGAAGCUUUGUUAAAAAUUUCUUGCUUGAACAUCCACUUUCUUCUUUCUGUUUCCCCCGCCCCCCCUUUUUUCAUUUUACCAACUGAUGACAUCCUUUCAUAUCAACUUUUGAAGCAAAUGUUUUGAUUAUUCUA